GGAGUCGGAGGCGGAGAGGCGGGGAAAGUGUGGCCCAGGCUGCCGGAGCGGACACCUAUCAGCGGGAGACACCGGCGGCUCGGCUCCUCUUUUUUUCUACAGGGAUUUUAUUACUAUUCUCUUUAUUAUUAUUAUUUUGGCCUCCUCCACAGCGACAACUCCCGGGACUUUAACCCGCAGACGAGACUCUUCAGAGUGGUGCGAUGGAGGAUGGGAAGCCGGUGUGGGCUCCGCACCCAGCAGACGGGUUCCAGCUGGGAACCAUCGUGGACAUCGGAGCCGACAGUCUGACCAUCGAACCUCUGAAGCAGAAGGGGAAGACAUUUUUGGCUCCGAUCAACCAAGUCUUUCCUGCCGAGGACGAUGUCAACAAACACGUGGAGGACAACUGUUCGUUGAUGUACCUGAAUGAAGCCACGUUGCUCAACAACGUCCGUGUGAGAUACAGCAAAGACAGAAUAUACACAUUUGUCGCGAACAUCCUGAUCGCGGUGAAUCCGUAUUAUGACCUCCCAAAGCUUUACUCUCCAGAGAGCAUCAAACAGUACCGGGGUCGCUCUCUGGGCACGCUGCCCCCCCACGUCUACGCCAUCGCUGACAAAGCAUACAGAGACAUGAAGGUGCUGAAGAUGAGCCAGUCCAUCAUCGUCUCAGGGGAGUCUGGAGCCGGGAAGACGGAAAAUACCAAGUUUGUGCUGAAAUACUUGACGACCUCGUAUGGAACAGGUCAGGCCAUCGACGAGAGAAUCGUUGAAGCGAACCCCCUGCUGGAGGCUUUUGGAAAUGCAAAAACCGUGCGGAAUAACAACAGCAGCCGCUUCGGGAAGUUCGUGGAAAUCCACUUUAAUGAUAAGAACAUCGUCGUGGGUGGUUUUGUUUCUCACUACCUGCUGGAAAAGUCCAGGAUCUGCCGUCAGAGUCCAGAAGAAAGAAACUACCACAUCUUCUACCGACUGUGCGCCGGAGCUCCAGAGGAAAUCAGGCAGAAGUUUUACCUCAGCUCCCCGGACACGUUCAGGUACCUGAACAGAGGAUGCACUCGCUUCUUCGCCUCCAAAGACACGGACAAACACAUCCUGCAGAAUCGCAAGAGCCCCGAGCACCUGAAGUCCGGUCCUCUGAAGGACCCGCUGCUGGACGACCACGGAGACUUCAGCAGGAUCUGCGGGGCCAUGAAGAAGAUCGGACUGGACGACACCGAGAAGCUGGACCUGUUCAGGGUGGUGGCAGGAGUCCUGCACCUGGGAAACAUCAACUUUGAGGAGGCGGGGAGCACCUCAGGUGGCUGUGCCAUCAAGAACCAGUCGAGUAAAACCCUGGAGCACUGUGCCGAGCUGCUGGGCCUGGAGGAGGACGACCUGAGGGUUAGCCUCACCUCCAGGGUUAUGCUCACAACAGCAGGGGGCGCCAAAGGAACAGUCAUCAAAGUGCCGCUCAAAGUGGAGCAGGCUAACAAUGCUCGUGAUGCUCUGGCCAAGGCCGUCUACAGUCGACUGUUUGACCACGUUGUGACCAGAGUUAACCAGUGUUUCCCCUUUGACUCGUCCAGCAACUUCAUCGGAGUCCUGGACAUCGCGGGGUUCGAGUACUUUGAACACAACAGCUUCGAGCAGUUCUGCAUCAACUACUGCAACGAGAAACUGCAGCAGUUCUUUAACGAGAGGAUCCUGAAAGAGGAACAAGAGCUGUACCAGAGGGAGGGGCUCGGAGUCAACGAGGUUCACUACGUGGAUAAUCAGGACUGCAUAGACCUGGUGGAGGCCAAGCUGGUCGGCAUCCUGGACAUCCUGGACGAAGAGAACCGACUCCCUCAGCCCAGCGACCAGCACUUCACCGACACCGUUCACAACAAACACAAGAACCACUUCAGACUGACGGUUCCCAGGAAGUCAAAGCUGGCCGUCCACAGGAACGUGAGGGACGACGAAGGUUUCAUCGUCAGACACUUUGCAGGAGCGGUGUGCUACGAGACGACAAAGUUCGUGGAGAAGAACAACGACGCGCUGCACCUGUCCCUGCAGACGCUGGUCAGCGAGUCCAAAGACCGCUUCGUACGCGAACUCUUUGAGAACUCCAACAACAGCAAAGACGUCAAACAGAAGGCGGGAAAGCUCAGCUUCAUCAGCGUCGGCAACAAGUUCAAGACUCAGCUGAAUAUUCUCCUGGAGAAGCUGCGCAGCACGGGCUCCAGUUUCAUCCGCUGCAUUAAACCAAACCUGAAGAUGGUGAGCCACCAGUUUGAAGGAGCUCAGAUUCUGUCUCAACUGCAGUGCUCGGGAAUGGUGUCAGUGCUGGACUUGAUGCAGGGCGGUUUCCCGUCCAGAGCUCCCUUCCACGAACUCUACAACAUGUACCAGAAGUACAUGCCUCCCAAACUCACUCGCCUCGACCCACGGCUCUUCUGCAAGGCUUUAUUCAAAGCUCUGGGACUGAACGAGCACGACUACAAGUUCGGGCUGACCAGAGUGUUUUUCCGGCCCGGGAAGUUUGCAGAGUUUGAUCAGAUCAUGAAGUCGGACCCGGAUCAUCUGGCCGAGCUGGUGAAGAAAGUCAACACGUGGUUGAUCCACAGUCGCUGGAAGAAGGUGCAGUGGUGCGCGCUGUCCGUCAUCAAACUGAAGAACAAGAUCUUGUAUCGAGCCAGCGCUUGCAUCAAGAUGCAGAAGACGGUUCGGAUGUGGCUCUGCAAGAAGAAACACAAGCCGAGGAUUGACGGCCUGGUGAAGGUUCGUCACCUGAAGAAAAGGAUGACUGGCUUUAACGAGGUGGUGUCCGGACUGAAGGAGGGCAAACAGGAGAUGAGUCGUCAGGUUCAGGAUCUGGACGCCGCCAUCGACGCUCUGAUGGUCAAAAUCAAGAGCACCGUCAUGUCUCGCCUGGACAUCGACCACGAGCACCAGGCUCUGGUGAGCCGCUCCGAGCAGCUGCUCACGUCCAUGCAGAACAAAAAGAAGGAGGAGGAGGAGAGAGAGAGACUGAGGCGCAUCCAGGAGGAGAUGGAGAGAGAGAGACAGAGGAGGGAGGAGGACGAGCAGAAACGCAAGAAGGACGAGGAUGAGAGGAGACAGAAAGCAGAGAUGGAGCUGAAGAGGAAGCACGAGGAGGAGGAGAGGAAGAGGAGGGAGGAGGAGGAGAGGAGGAUUCAGAUGGAGAUGGAGGUUCAGUUUCAGGCCGAGCGUGAAGAAGAAGCCACUCGUCAGACGGUCCUGGAGCAGGAGCGCAGAGACAGAGAGCUGGCGCUGAGGAUCGCUCAGAGUGAGGCGGAGCUUAUUCCUGAGGAGACGCUCAACGAUGCAGGACUGCGCAGCGACGGUUCUUCAGUUCCAUCGUCUCCAGAACGAGCAGCCGGUGCUGGAGUCACAAAAUUCAAGAGCAUGACCAUGGAAGAAAUGGCGAAAGAAAUGACUGAGAUUCUGUCGCGAGGUCUGCAGGUUCAGGCGUCUAAAGCCGCCGCCGGUGCCAAGAAGUACGAGCUGAGCAAGUGGAAGUACGCAGAGCUGCGAGACGCCAUCAACACUUCCUGUGACAUCGAGCUUCUGGCCGCCUGCAGGGAGGAGUUUCACCGUCGUCUCAAAGUUUAUCACGCCUGGAAAUCAAAGAACAAGAAGAGAAACACGGAGACGGAGCAGCGGGCGCCAAAAUCUGUCACUGACUACGGUUGCCCCGCCCCUGUGAAAAAACCAUCUCAGCAGCACCCGGCUCCGCCCAUCCCGGCGCGUCAGUACGAGGUGGCGAUGAAUCGUCAGCAGCGCUACUUCCGCAUCCCGUUUGUGCGUCCGGGCGAUCAAUACAAGGAUCCUCACGGCAAGAAGAAAGGCUGGUGGUACGCACACUUCGACGGACCCUGGAUCGCCCGGCAGAUGGAGCUGCACCCCGACAAACACCCCAUCCUGCUGGUGGCAGGAAAGGACGACAUGGAGAUGUGCGAGCUGAGUCUGGAGGAGACGGGACUGUCGAGGAAGAGAGGGGCGGAGAUUCUGCCGCGACAGUACGAGGAGAUCUGGGAACGCUGCGGCGGGAUCCAGUAUCUGCGCAGCGCCAUCGAGAGCCGCCAGGCCCGGCCCACGUACGCCACCGCCAUGCUGCAGAGCAUGUUCAAGUGACGCUGUCGCCAUGGCGCCGCAGAGCUCAGACUGUAGAGAUUUAACGCUAAACAACUCGUCCUUUCUGUUUCUCUGUCGUCACGUUUUUUUUUUUUUCAUUCUCGCCCAACUUACAGUUCCUGGAUCGGAGGGGGCGGGGCCUGUCGUAUUGCACGCACUGAUCCCUAUGCAGAUAAAAUCAUUAACGUCACAUCCGAGGAAUUGUGUUUAGUUUAACUCCGAGGCCUUAACACGUUAACAGGGUUUGACUGACGAUGAUUCUUCUUCAGUUUCUUUAUUUUUGUUGUUGUUUUUUUUUGGGAGCUGCCUUCCAAACAAGAAAAAUCGUGAUUCCUGUGUAAAUUACACAUUCCUCCAUUUUCAACUGAGUAACUGAAAACCUGCUGUUUACAUUGUCUGAAAAGAAAAGUCGUGAGAGUCCGAUCUUUUUCCUUUACGUUAAAUCCAAACUCUGCUAAUUCCUCAUUUUUCAUUCCACCUGUUUUUGCUGAACCAAAUAUAAAAAAAAUAUUGUUAUUACAUGUGACUUAAAGGGAUAGUUCAGGUUUUUUUUUUUUUUUGGAGUGCAGUUGUAUGAGAACACUAAGACACAGCCACGAAACCACUUACUCUCCCACACCAAAGCCCAUAGAGAAAAUCAGUGAUUUCAGCUCACGGGGACACAGGAGCUGCUGGUCUACUGCUGCCUCAUGUGGUCACUUUGUGUCACAUAAAUAAAUUUAAAUUGAUAUUUUCAAAAGCUGAAUUGACAAAAUAAGACAUUUAAACUUAGUGAUAAAGGCAGCAGUGGAUCAACAACUCCUGUGUGUGUGAUGUUAAAAUCACAGAUUUUCUCUAUGGGCUUUGGUGUGGGAGAGUGAGUGGUUUACAAACUUCAGUUUUCUGUCAGAAAAGUCUGUCUCACAGUGAGAUAAAGACCUGAACAUGUUCUUAAAGAUGUCUUAGUCUUCUGUUAAGUGGCUAAAAUACAUUUUUCUCUCUGUGUCACUACUUAAAAAAAAAUCUGAGCCAUUUACUUUUAAGUUAAAAUUAGAAAAAAAUUCCUCUAAACUUUUUACUUUGAGACCAAACUUUGCUUAAAACACAUUUUUUUCCCCUCUGGUUUCAACAAAGUAAAAGCAGAAAAUGUGAAUGAAAUUAUGCAAACGUCAUGUGCUGCUGCUGUUUAGAGCAAAAAAAGAAAAAAAAGUUCCAGUGAAUUCAUCUCAAGUCUGUAAAUUAGACGAGUGAUUUCUCGUCGCAGUUUUUCUUUGUUUAAAAAUCAGCCGAUUGUUUGAAACUGUUUGAAAGAUUAAAAAUGUGUGAGCGGCUCGUUCUGAACACUGGACGUGUUUUUCUACGCCGCGUUUUCCACUGCGAUGUACAAACGUUUAUUUUUCAAAAUAAAAGAACUAUUUCUACUCGAGCAUGUGACCCUGACGAGAGAAGCAAAAAAAAAAAACAAGGGCGAUGGAGUUCGGGAAAAAAAUAAAUAAAAGAGUCGGGACAAUCUGUUGUGACGCUGCUAGUUUUUUUUAUGACGUAACAGGAAGCAGAUGACACGUUAAAAUCAUUGCGAUAAAGGGAAAAAAAGUUCGUACUGGUUAAUUUAAUCAUAAAUGGGGGAAAAAAACUUUUAAUAUUUCACACAAAUUACUUAAAAAUACAGUCCUAGUGAUUUGUCGUGAAGCACCACAAGGGGGCGCUGCAUCUUUCCAUUUAUAAUGAUUCUUGUUUUUUACUUUGCUUGUUUCUUGCUUCCUGUCCGCGAUGUUUCAUACCCAAAAUGUCAGGUAGAGACAUUUUCGGGUAUUAAUUUAUCGUAAUAAUGUCAUACAUCAUAAUUAUCGUGCUUAAUCACGAUAGGUUGACAAGCACAAGUUAUAACGUUGCGAAUUAACUUUAGUUUGGCCUUUGAUGGCGUCAUAUUUAUCGUCUUUAUGAGAUAAUUUCUUUUGGACCCGCCCCACUUUUUUUUAAAGCCUUUUUUUUGUUUUAAAACAUGUCAGAUUUUUUCCUCUGUGAACUGAAAGGUGAUUUACAGUAGAUUUAGUCGUACAAAGUUCGGAAUUGUUUAAAAUUCUCAGGAAAAGUUUUGUUUUUCCGCCGUUGUGUUCUCACAACUUUCCUCAUUAAAAUUCCAAUGUCGCAAAUUAGAUUUCAUGAUCGUGAAGUCUACGCAUUUUUCAUUUACAGCCGAUUGUUUGAAGCAACACAUAACUACGUUUCAAAACUUAAGCGUAACGUGAACAAAGUCAUGAGAAUUUAGACUUAACUGACAUGUAAAAGAUUAAAAAGUGCUCGUACACAAAAACGUAAUUGUCCUACCGUGAACAUCGUCGUCAACAGUCACUGAUCGCGUUUUUCAGCUCUGGACCUUUAAACCUAUAAAUCGUCAUAGAAACACGUUUAUCGCAGUUUAGAUUCACUCUGAAAACACGAAUAUACAAACAAAAACCUUAAUGUCGAGUCGCUCUGAGCUCCGUCCUGCGUCUUCUUUUUUUGCUUCCGUCAGUUUCUUCUUCUUCACGUGUCAAUCACUCCUGAGGAAGCUCCGCCUCUUUUCUAAUGUUGAUCUAACGAUGAAUAAAUUCACUCAUGUUUUCACUCA